UUUGGUUUCGAGAUUAUGCGAUGCCGUGCUGCUGGUGCUGUGACGUUAAAGGAUAUGGCCGCUGUGAGUUCAAUAUCAAAUGUUGAAAAUCUUUCGCCACAAAUAAUACGCCGUGUGGCAAAAGAAAUGACCGAGCUAACGACUCAACCACCCGAGGGCAUACGCGUUAUUUUAAACGAGGAAGAUGUCACAGACAUUCAAGCUAUCAUCGAAGGUCCCUCUGGUACACCGUAUGCCGGUGGAUUUUUCAGAGUUAAAUUAGCUCUUGGUAAAGACUUCCCUCAAGGACCACCAAAGGCAUUUUUCCUUACAAAAAUUUUUCAUCCUAAUGUCGCGAAAAAUGGUGAAAUAUGUGUUAAUACGUUGAAGAAGGAUUGGAAAUCAGACCUCGGAAUUCAACAUAUAUUAUUGACAGUAAAAUGUUUAUUGAUAGUGCCAAAUGCCGAAUCUGCAUUAAAUGAAGAGGCUGGUAAAUUAUUAUUAGAGAGGUAUGAUGAUUAUUCUGAAAGGGCAAAGAUGAUGACAGAAAUACAUGCGCAGGGCGGUGGAAAAGGCAGUAAAGCAGGUCUGGAAAGCUGCACUUCCUCUGAAGUCGGAGGACCCCUGCCAAAAAAGCACGCAGGUGAUAAAAAACUAACAGCAGAAAAGAAAAAAAUGUUAAAAGAUAAAAAAAGAACGCUUAAAAGAUUAUAAGAGAAAAUCAGUCUCCCCUUUUAUCUUUUUUAUAAUUUAAAAACACUGGUGUGCUAAAGAUGCCUCGUAUUGUACACAAUUAUUAUUAUUGCAUAGUAAAAAAUUUAUUAUCUAAACUCGACUGAUCUUAUUAUUAA